AUGGGUUGUAUUAUCGCUCUUGAUCGUGAUGAAUCAAUAGUAUUCAGUAAACCAACAGGUAAAGAAGUUCGUCAAGGUCCUGGUUGGAUUUGUUAUCCAACUUGGUGGAAAUUACAAGUUUUCAAAUCGAUACCAUUACAAAGUAAUCAAUAUAUCGUUGUUAAACAUGUAAUUCUUCCCAAGAACAAAGGUAAAUCUGCAAGAUCAAAUGAAAUGUCAUUAACAAAAAGGACAACUACAAAUGAAAAAGAUGAACUAUUAAAUGAUCCUGAUAUGCAAUUAAUUGAAGUUAUUCGUGGACCACAGAUAUAUCAUAUUAGUAAUCCUUAUGAUCAAGUUAGUGAAAUAAGAUCAAUGCUAAAUUUAUCAGCGACACAAUAUGUUGUCAUUACGGAUGCAUUAACAGGAGCAAAAUCAGUUGAAUGUGGUCCACAAUUAUAUUGUCCAAAACCAUACGAUCAAAUUGGAGAAAUUCAAAAUAUGUAUAAUUUAUCAUCAACUCAAUAUGUUAUUGUUACAGAUGAAUCAACUGGAGACAGAAAAUCAGUUAAUGGUAAGAAUAUAAGAAUAUCAAGUUAA